AUGCGGCUGCUCAUAGCACUUUGUCUAAUAGCCAUCGUACAGGCUAUAGACAUUUACACAGACGACGAUUUUCACAUAGAAGAUGAGCCCUAUGAUACCAAUGACCUGAUCGACAUUGAGAGCUCAAGAACCGGGCGUAUGUUACCUUACCCUUUGCAGAGAGAAAACGAGGAGGCCAUGAAUAGGGUGGCCAGGUUCGCCCACUAUUCGUAUCCACAAAGCCCGAUUGUCGAUAUGAUGCUGCAAACAGUUGCUGUUAACUACUCACCAGCUAAUUCAAAUGAUCCGUUCGACUUCUUACGAGAUUCUUAUCCGUUACCAAAAGGUUACAGCAAGCCCUUAGACGAAUAUGACUAUAUUAUUGUUGGAGCGAGUUCUGCGGGUUCUGUGCUGGCAGCUCGACUGUCAGAAGACAAGCCGAAGGCCACGGUGCUGCUACUAGAGGCUGGCAAGCCGGAAAUGAUUCUGUCAGACAUCCCGGCACUGACACAUCACAUGCAAGACACGGAUUAUGUGUGGCGGUACUCUAUGGAACACCAGGCCGGCGUGUGUCUAGGAAGUGAGGAACAGCGCUGCUAUUCCCCUCGAGGUAAAGCCCUGGGCGGAAGUAGUGUCACAGACUAUAUGUUCUACUCCCGAGGUCGUCCUGAGGAUUGGAACGGGAUAGCAGCUGAUGGUAACUAUGGAUGGUCAUACAAUGAAGUACUCGAGUAUUUUAAAAAGUCGGAGCGAUCCGAGCUUAAAAAGUAUAAAAACCUGCCGUACAGAGGUCGCGAUGGAGAGCUCACUGUUGAAAAUGUGCCCUUCAAGACGGGACUAGUGGAAGCAUUCUUAGCGGCAGGUAGACUCAACGGGUACCAAACUGUAGACUAUGUGUCUCCAGACCAACUAGGUUUUGGCUACAUUCAGACAAUCACAAACAAGGGGCAUCGCCUUAGUGCCGCUAAAGCCUUUUUGCAUCAACAUAAACGGCGCAAGAAUAUGCAUAUUUUAACCGAUGCAAGGGUAACAAAAAUACUUAUCGAACCACACAGCAAGAGGGCGUUCGCGGUAGACUAUAUAAAGAAUAACGUCAAAACUACUGUACGGUGUCGUAGAGAAAUAAUACUCUCUGCGGGACCUAUAGCAUCUCCUCAAUUACUCAUGCUGUCCGGAGUCGGACCUGAGGAACAUCUACAAACGUUGGGCAUCCCAGUACUAUCAAACGUUCCUGUUGGAAGAACUCUUUACGAUCAUAUCGGUUUUCCGGGAGUUGUAUUUAAAUUGAAUAGUAGUAAUGCGAGCCUUAUAGAACCAAAAGUAGCAACAAUACCUAAUUUGAUGCAAUGGCUUCAAUUUGGAGAUGGGCUCUUGACAACGCCUGGAGGAGUAGAAGGUCUAGGUUACAUAAAAACAAGUGUUUCCGACAACCCUGAGCUUGUGCCUGAUAUUGAGCUUAUUAAUAUGGGCGGAUCUAUCACAUCUGAUGGAGGCGCUGCGAUAAGAAAAAGUUGGAAAAUAUCAGACAGGACAUACCACAAUUCAUUCGGUUCACUGACUGAUUGCGAUACCUGGCAAGCAAUACCAGUCCUAUUACAUCCAAAAUCAAAAGGUCGUUUAGAACUUCGUGACAUCAGUCCUUUCUCAUAUCCAAAAAUAUUUGGUAAUUUCUUGUCAGACGCGCGGGACAUUGCAGCAUUAAAAGAAGCUAUUAAAGUAUUAAUUGGGCUUGGAGAGUCUGAACCAUUUAGAAAAUAUGGUCCAAGUCUACAUCUCGCUCCGUAUCCCACCUGUUCGAGUUACGCCCCAGGAUCUGAUCCAUACUGGGAUUGCGCGAUUAGAACAAUGGUAGUAUCUAUGAGAAGGCAAACAUCGACUUGUAAAAUGGGUCCAGAGAACGAUAGUGAAGCUGUGGUUGAUCCCGAAUUAAGAGUACGUGGCGUGCAGGGUCUCAGAGUAGCGGAUAUAAGUAUCCUACCAAAAACAAUCAGUGGUCAUACAAUUGCUCCGGAAAUAAUGAUUGGCGAGAAGGCAGCUGAUUUGCUAAGAAAAACCUGGUCGAAUUUAAUAGCUUAA